AUGAGUCUGCACCAAUUAAUUACAAGGCCACUGGCUGAAAAUUCUCAGGGCUCCAGCUCCUCUUGCUGGGCAUUUCUGCCUUCUACUUGCACACUGGCUCUGUUUCAGGCUGGCGGCAAGUCAGGACAGCUGUCCCAGGCACCACAUCCAAGUGCCACAUCAUCACAGAGGCAGAGAGAGGAUGUCUCUUCCAGCGUCUCCUUCUCAGGAGUGAGGAGAAGCCAUCCAGCCUAUUGGGCAGAACCGGACCACACAGCUGCUGUGUCAGUCAGGGUUCAGGUGGACAACGAAGGCCAUUCUCUGCAUUCUGGAUAG